AUGAGUUGCAAUAGGGAAAGCCUGAAGCAGAGCUUUGAACCGAGCGCCCCCCUCGUCCGCCGCCCCAGCGCCACCGCCCCGCUCCGGCGCCCCACCCCCACCCUCUCCAGACCCCUGCAAACCCCCACGCGCCUCGCCCCCAUCAGGACCAGAGCGCCACUCGCAGCCUCCACCUCCUCUCCGCUCAGCCCGAUCCCAGAGCACUCCCCGCUCUCGUUCUCCACCAGGAGCCCGACGACUCUGUUGGCUCCCAGGAGCCCGAUCGUCCCAAUAGACCCAGAGCCUUUCAUUGGCAUGGCUGAGGUUGAGGCUAGGAGGAGGAGGGAGACACUGGAGGCAGCGGUUUGGGGUGGGAAGGUCUUCCGGCCGGCGGGGGUUGCGGGGAAGGGGACCCACAGGAGGGCGGAGGCGCCGGCGAGGCGGCAGCCGCCGGCGCCCAAGUUCCAGGAGUUUCACCUCAGGACAGAGGUGCGGGGCAUCAUGCCGCAGGCAGAGGUGGCGCGGCAACGGGCAGUGAAGGAGCUGGGGUCCCUGUGGGACGCCAACCUCUUUCACGCCAGGCCGGCGCCCAGGUCGCUGAGGCAUGGGCCGCCCGUGGAACUGACACGGAUGUCUCCAUCAAGGAGGGCGGCCCUUCAGGGGAAGGCAACAGGGGCAGUAGAUAGGUCCAGCAGGCACUGA